AUGCAGUAUAUGUCACGAUCGUUCUGGCAGCGUUUGGGAUUACAGUCGCAGCCAUAUGGAGUGCGCAACUUAAUGGGGUCGACUGUUCCAUUUAUGACAGUGGUCAACCGGGCUAGGUCCAUGGCUUUGGCGGCUGACAUCGUCAAUUCUGAAGACAGAGUGGAGGACGAGGAGGAGCAGCGUGGGGAGUCAGCAAAGGAGAGCUUUGCACGUACUAUAGCGAAGCGUGAGCCCGAGCACAAGGAGGACACCAUACCCGCGACACAGUAG